AUGAAGCUAUCAAAUACAGCCGGCCUACUGGGCCUGGCAGCAUACACCCAAGCGACAGUAAUAGACACCCGCUUCGCAGGCACAACAUGGGACCUCGAAAACUGGCGCAUAACAACCACGAACCUCGACCAAGGCCACUAUCAAUCCCGCAUGUCCCUAUCCAACGGCUAUCUAGGCAUCAAUCUCGCAGCUGUAGGGCCUUUCUUCGAAGUCGACACACCCGUAGCCGGCGACAACAUCAACGGCUGGCCGCUCUUCGACCGCCGCCAGACUUUCGGCACGAUAGCUGGGUUCUACGAUCAGCAGGAUCGAACGAAUGGGACGAACUUCGAGUGGUUGCUCCAGUAUGGUGCAGGCGAGAGCGUGAUCAGUGGCGUGCCACAUUGGGCAGGACUGCAUCCUGUUGUCAAUGGACAGGUAUUGACGGCCGCUGUACCUGCGAGUCAGAUUUCGAAAUUCAACUCGACGGUCGAUUUCAAGGCUGGUGUCAUGACUUGGAGUUAUUGCUGGACGCCUAGCAGUGGACCGAGUAUUGACGUGCUGUACACGAUGCUCGUGCACAAGCUUUAUGUCAACCAGGCGGCCGUGCAAUUGCAAUUGACUGCUUCGCAAGACGCCAAUAUUUCGGUGGUCGAUGUUCUGCAGGGUGAUUGUGCGCUUAGAACAUCGCCUAUCGAGAAGUACUUCGAUACAGCUGCGCCGAUCAUCUGGUCUGGUGUCCAGCCUAAUGGAGUUGAGACAGAGGGUUACAUUUUCUCCCUGCUCGAAGGCGACGAUAGCUGCAAUGCCGCAAGCCGACAUGAGUACAAAGACUCCUCGAUUAUUGGUGCAAAUGGCUCCUCGAUUGCUCAAGCUAUGAAUGUAUCUAUGAAGGCGAACUCAGCAAGCACCAUCACGAAGUACAUCGGCGGUGCCUCUAGCAGCGCCUUCGACGAGCCCAAGGCAGUCGCACUUCUAGCCGUAAUCGAAGCACAAAGUGAAGGUUUCAGCAGCAUGCUGGCUUCCCACACUAGCGAAUGGAACGGCAUCAUGACCGACGAUAGCGUCGACGACUACCGCCUGGCUAAUGGAUCUCUGCCUUCGAUGGCCGAGAUUCGUGAACUCCAGGUCACUGCUGUGACGAAUGCCUAUCAUCUUCUACAGCAAACGAUUGGCGCGAAUGCUAUUUUGGCUGCGGACAACAACACUCAGCUCGAUGUGAAUAGUAUUGCUGUCGGAGGCUUGGGAAGUGAUAGUUAUGCUGGAUGGGUCUUCUGGGAUGCCGAAGUCUGGAUGGCGCCUGGGCUAGUAGUCUCCCACCCACAAGCCGCCAAGCAGAUCGCUCGGUACCGAGUCGAGAAGUUCCCACAAGCACAGGCGAACCUGCAGACAGCCUACCAGGGCACGCUCAAUCAGACGGGUCGCUUCUCACCAAACGGUGCUGUCUAUCCGUGGGUCAGCGGAGGAAGCGGCAACUGUACUGCUGCUGGCCCAUGCUUCGACUACGAGUACCACUUGAACGGCGACAUCGGUCUAGAGUUCUUGAACUACUACGCUGCGAGCGGCGACUCGCAGUUCUUCGAGGACUCCCUGCUACCAAUCUACGAUGCCAUCGCUCAAUUCUACAGCGACGCAGUGACCUACAACGCCACAAUCGACGAGUACGAACUCCUCAACGCCACAGAUCCCGACGAAUAUGCCAACUUCGAGCGCAACGUCGGCUUCACCAUGGUCCUGAUGAAAACCCACAUCAACCAAGCCAAUACCCUUCGCGCUCAUUUCGGCCUGGAGCCAAAUGCAACCUGGGCCACGAUCGCCUCCAAGAUCGACGUCCCCGUCUACGAGCCUGCGAACAUCAUCCGCGAGUAUGCCGAUAUGAACAAUACCGUCCAAGUCAAGCAAGCCGAUAUCGUGCUCAUCGACGACUUCCUUCAGUUCCCUAACAACCAGAGCCUGAAUGAUCUGGAUUACUAUGCCCGCAAGCAAUCACUCAAUGGACCAGGGAUGACCUACGGUGUCUUCAGUAUCGUGGCGAAUGCGAUUAGUCCUUCGGGUUGUGCGUCGUUCACAUACGAUAUCUACGGCUCGCAGCCAUAUAUCCGUGGUCCGUGGUUCCAGUUCAGCGAGCAGUUGCUUGAUAAUUUCGAAGCGAAUGGCGGGACACACCCGGCAUAUCCGUUCUUGACUGGUGUCGGUGGCGCGAACAGGGUAGCUGUAUUCGGCUACUUAGGACUGAAGCUCGAACUGGACUCGUUGAACGUCAACCCCUCCCUACCGCCACAGAUCCAGAACCUAGCGUUCCGUACGAUCUACUGGCAAGGCUGGCCCAUAAAAGCGCACUCCAACCAGUCUCACACGACUCUGACCCGCAUGUCCACACCCCUCGACACAGCCAACUCCACCUUCGCCAACACCUCCAUCCCCGUCACGAUCGGCCUAGCAGGCGAAUCUCAAUUCGGCAACACGACAAUCUACCAAAUCCCACCCAACGGCACCAUCACCAUCCCCAACCGUCGCAUCGGCGACAUCAAGACCGUUCCGGGUAAUAUCGCGCAAUGCGAGCCCGUGACGAGCAAUACCACAUACCAACCGGGCCAAUUCCCUUUCGCGGCCGUGGACGGAAGCACGAGCACGAAAUGGCAGCCCACUCAAGCCAACCUCAGUUCCUCAAUCACAGUCACCUUACCAGGCUCAGCCUUCAUCCCCAUCACAGCAAUCCUUUUCGACUGGGCCCAAGCCCCACCACACUCCUAUACCGUGACCUUCAGCAACGCCAGCGAUGGUUCCGCCUCCGUCCUCGUGAGUAGGAGUGAUAAUAUCACCGUUUCGAUCCCGUAUGUGGCGGCGACGGCGUACGAGAUCGUGCCGUAUCAGAGUAAUACUACGAAUGUUUCUCUGAGUAGGCCUGUGUGGAGUGGACGGUUUGCGACGCUGACGAUUGAGGGGAGCGUGGCUAAUGAUGGGACGGUGAAUGCGGGGAAUGGGACUGGGGCGACGGUGGCGGAGUGGGCGCUUGUUGGGGGGGUGUAG